CAGAAGCGGAAGUAAACAGCAGUCAUUUCAAGCGGCCAUUAUGCGACUUCUGAUUUCUUUCUUUGGAUAUAUAUUCCUUUUACGUUUCUGCCUCAUGUAAUCUUCGUAAUCAGUCGUAAAUCUCAGAUGUAAUUAAGGGUUUUCCAUUUGCUUUUUUUAAGCCUUUUUUUUUUGUUGUUAUUUACGCGUGUCACUUGGUUUUGAGGCGGCUCAGAGCGACAAACUCAACCGAGAUUCAACGAACAGAAUAUAUAUGUAACGUUAUAAGCUAUAUUUUCCCAACGAUGAUGUCUAUUAAACUCUGAUUUUACAGCAACAUGCAGAACACGAUGUUGCUCUUGCUGUUCGUUUUAUUUGUGGACGGUGUGUCUGGUGCAGAGAGUAAUAUAUCAGUGAUAGAGGGAGAUUCUGUCACUCUACACACCAAUCUUACUCAAUUACUCAAUGAUGAUACCAUACUGUGGAAGUAUGGAGAUAAAGGCAUCCUCCUGGCUACAGUUGAUGCAGAGACUAAAGAGAGCUCUGUAUACGAUGCUGAAGAGAGAUUCAGUGGCAGACUGGAGCUGGAUCCUCAGACUGGAUCUCUGACCAUCAGAAACAGCAGAACCACAGACUCUGGACUCUAUCAACUACAGAUCAGAGGCAGAGAGAGCUCACAGCAAUUCAUUCUCACUGUCAACCCUCUUCUGCCUGUUCCUGCCAUCAGCAGAGACGCUUCACAAUGUUCAUUAUCAUCAGAGCAGAAUUGUUCAUUGGUGUGUUCAGUGGUGAAUGUGAGUGAUGUGAGUCUCUCCUGGUUCAGAGGAAACAGUUUAUUAUCCAGCAUCAGUGUGUCUGAUCUCAGCAUCAGUCUCUCUCUACCUCUGGAGGUGGAAUAUCAGGAUAAAUACAUCUACAACUGUGUGAUCAACAAUUCAUUCACUAACCAGACCUCACAUCUGGACAUCAGAGGACUCUGUCAACCAUGUUGUUCUUCCUUUUCAGACCACAUCCACUGUUGUAAUCCUACUGAAGCUUUGAUACGAUUGGCUGUAUCUGCUCUGGUGGGCGUGGCUGCUGUUGCUGUGCUGGUUUAUGACAUCAGAUCCAGAAAAGCUGAACAGGACACAAAAGAUCAGACAUCACCAGGGGCGUUGCUAGGCCCUUUUUAG